UAUCACCAGUGUUAUCGAUCGUGUUGCGGAAAUGUUUUAUUAUUUUUAUUUUAUUUUUCAGGAGCUGCUUUAAUUGGUGAAUGUGGGAGAAUCUAGUUGAAAUAUUAAAAGAGGCUAAAAGCGAACAAGUUUUUGCCGGCUGCGAGAGAAAUCCCUCGAGAGAUUCCCUGUUUUAUCCGGAAGAUGCUUUUCUACUCACGCAUUCGAAAUAACGAGCUUUUCCGCACGCUGACUCUCACCCACCUAGCUGUGCACAAGAGGCCCCUUUUAAAUAAUGAAAUAAGAAAAAAAAGAAGAGAGAGUUAACUGGAUGUAGAGCAUUUGUAUUCGAGUCACCGGGGCAGAGCAGCAGCACAGGACGCACCACUCUGGAGAAUAUAAUUCACUAAACCUGCCCCCCAGUCCGUGAUUUGCUUUUCACGCUUCUUCUUUUUUUUUCCCUGGGAUGUAACAACUGUGUGCUGCACGGCUGCUGAAGUUUACCCGAGUCAUUUAUUUGCGACACGCUCGAAAGAGUGUCUGAACGCGGGAGAAGGAAAUCAAUAGAGAGCGGGGCUGCUGCAGUUGACAUUUUUUUUAAGUAUACACGUAUUAAAUUAUCAUUUUAAAUGCGAAGCCAUUUUGUCUUUUAAAAAACCAAAUUUAUUGUUUCCAGGGAAAAUGAGAUUCGAAACUCGAGGGAAAAUACUUGAAUCAUUCGUGACAGACAGUUGAUUUGUUAUGUUGAGCAUGACGGAGCAGUCGAGUGUCGAGUUCCCUCAUUUAUUAUUAAGCUGCGACACAUUUCGUGAAAAUUUCAAAACGACUCGUGAGUCAUGUGUGUGUCUUUCGACAGCGGUCUGGAGAACUGUUUUUCCAGGGAAGCGAUGAAACAUAUUCCCCUCGUUAGUAGACAGCUGGAAUCGAUUUCUAAAUUUACGCCAAACAACCGUUCGAUCCCGCUGCCUUUUUAGUUUUAUUCCAAGCAACGUCCCAAAACCGGCCAUCUGUAGACAUACCCAGUGAGUAUAUAGUACCAACUAUAAAUACUUGUUUGUUCUUUCCUCCAACCGAAACGUUAAAUUGCAUUCAUAAAUUACGCUCACUUUACCUUGAAAGGCUUUUCGGCAGCCGGCGCUGUGAAACACAUAAUUCCUCCAUAUAUCCUGGGCAAGCGAUUUCCCAGGAGUGACGACAUCGGGGUUCAUCGAGUCGGAACAGAACAGCGUGAAAGCCCGAAAAACACUGGACAAAACUGACGCGGGAGAAAAUGGAGGUGACAGGAGCUGCAGGAGGAGCGACAACCCAAGACGACUGCUGCGCCGCCGACAUACCCCAGCAGAUGUACGUCCAGGUGGAGCAACGUCCACCUGUCCCGGUGUCGACCAGGGGCGACGAUUCACCCACCGGCGCUGCUCCCUCAACCGGCCGCUAUGUGGUCACAGUGAAGCUGGAAUGCCCCGACUCUCAGGUCAUCACUCAAGCCUGGACGCUGGCCACGUCCGCUGGCUCGCUCAAGGAGCGUCUCUCCCGCAUGGUCGAACUGCCCGUCGGCACUCUGCACCUCAUUCACGGCGGUAAGGCCGUCCAGGAUCACGUGACGCUGGGCGAGCUGGGCGGUAGAGUCAACGAAACCAUUUCUCUGUCGCUGCGCUCCGUCGAUCCUGUGGCUUUUCCCAUCCGCAUCAAGUCCUCCCUUCCGCCGGAAGAUCUCAUGCCGCUUCCGGACGUCAUCACCGUCCGCAUUCACACCAAAAACGCUCCGGAUCGUGACCUGGUGGUGGAAAUUGAAAAUCAAAGUGUCUGCCAGCCGUUUCUCGGCGGAUGGCGGCGGAAGAACAACGGCGUCUGCUACUAUCACGCCGAGACUCAAACGGAUUACACGGUCGGCCCGGACGAUCGCCUCCGCAUCUUGACACCAGGUCCCAGGAGCAAGGACUGCCAGGUGGCCACAAUCCGCGACAAUCACACGCAGAGCUCAUCCAGCGUUUCGUGCCAAGUGCGCGGCUUCGACUGGAACUUGUCGUCACGAGACGACAGUCUCAACGCGACCGGACGAUUCGUGGCCCCCCUCGACGACGCCGACAAAUCUCGUAGGGUCAAGCGCUGCGAUCCUGGGGAGAAUCCUUACACUCCUCGACCUUGUUCCGUGACCAGUUCGCUGGCCGAAUCGAUCGACAACAAUAAUCCGGCCAUAGAGCCGGUGGAGGCUCUCAUCAUCCGCUUUGGCGACGUCACAAUCGAGAAGAACCGCAUCAACGAGGUCGACAACCAACUCGACAACCACCGCAUCAUUUUCCACGAAAUCGAAAUCCUCAACUCGACCAAAUCGUCGGCCGUCAAGGAUCGAAUUCUACGGCGUCUGUUGCACAGGAUAUCGCAACCGAAAGUGUGGAGGUCGUCAACAGGUGCCAUCGUCGAGGUGGACACGGUCGAAAUUGAAUAUCUACGUGAAAUGCGGCUCAUGUACGAGGCCGUUUGCAAUUCGACCUUGACCGAGGAACGCGUGCGAGCAUUGCACCUUUUGAAACGAACUCUUUGGAAGAAGAGCGGGCCGUUAGUCAAGGAACUCCUCCAGUUGGCCGAUCGUGAGCUGGACCUGCUGGCCAGAGGCCUCAUGUCUUCAGCGUUGAGCGGGCUCCAAUCACGACUCCGGGCUCUUUUGCGCCAUUUCAUCACCGAGCAACUGCCCCAGCCCCCGUGUGUUUAAUACCUGAAGGAAGAAUAACUUUAAUAAUAAUUAUCUCGGCUGUCCAUAGUCAAUCAAGAUCAUUCCAUUCGUUUUGCGUGAAAUUCUUAUAUAAAACAAAUCGUGUCACUCGUUUCGACUAGCAAAAAUUGACUUGUUUGAAUAGCUCACCUGUAAUAUGCUGGCGGGAACAAAUAAAACUGAAAUCAACUC